UACUUAUUUAUCUUCUUGGUUCCUAUGAGAUGUAUUUGAAAUGUAAUAUUGCCUUAUGGUCAUGCAAUGGAACAAUCAUGGAAGUUAAAGUGUGUCAAUUUCAAAUCAAUAUUGUAAAGAAGGUAUUUUUCAGGCAGAUUCUGAUUAUCCGUUCCCCUGACAAAAGAUAAUAGUGAUCAAUAUGAAUUGAAAGUUCUUGCAGUUCACACUGACCCUCUACAUUACUGUAACACAUGGUGCUUUGUAAGCCAGAUACACAGUAUGUAAUGGUAUUGGCUCUGACAUUGUCUCAUUUGUUAGGCCGAACAUCAUAAAAUCCUGUGUGGAAGCUAAAUGCCUGUCUGAUUUUCACUAGCAGAGAUAGGAAAUGAGCAGGGCCAUGUAAACUAAAUUGUGCUAAGUGGUAUCCUUGGGAUGUCCCUGCCCUAAACCUUAACCAUAACUGUAACUCCUAACCUCAACCCCUAACCUUAACCCUUCCUUUAACCCUUCUUUUAACUGUUUUAAAUUUAAAUGAACCAUUUUAAAUUUCAAGUGAUGUUGGUUCCCACUUAGACUUCCCAAGGAUCCCUCUUAGACUUUUCCAUUGUGCAGUAACAAUGUUAACUUUUUAAAGUAAAAGAGGAGACUUGAGUUCCAGAAGUAAAAGUUUUAAUACAGAGCUUUGAGGUGCAGGUGGUCAUGCGAAAAUACACAUGCUAAUAGCACCAGUUCCUUAAAAGCCACAGCUAGUAAAUAUAAAGCAAAGGAUGUCUCAAGACUAAUAUAGUCAAUAUUAAUUGUGUAUACAUGGCAUCGUUACAGACAAUGGUUGAUAUGAAACUGAUAAAAUGUUUAGCUGAACAAUGAGAAGAGUGAAACAUUUGCUACUUUGGGUACAGAGAGUGAAGUUCAGCAGCUUGAGUUCAAGGUUUGGAUUGUCACGAGUUGAGACCUCUGAGAAGUGUGUGUCCUGUAUGAUCUGGGUCGUAGUUAGGCAUCCGGCUGGCCCCCACAGCCAUAUGGUACGUUGUGUUUCUAGAGGGAAGUGAAAAUUACUUCAGCUGCUUGACAUGUAAGAAGAAUGCGUUGAGUAGACUGAAUACUUCUCUGUUACAAUUGCUAGUAUUGUCUCAAGGUUUCAUGGUCUCAUCUCUGUAUAAAUGAAAAAUACAAUACAUCUGAUUCUCAUUACUCCAUCUACACAGUUAGUUAGAUAGUUGUCUUUGACUUACAUUUAUUUUUUAGAUUUAACAUACAGUAUAACAUUUAGGUAAUCAAAGUGUAACUAAUUAACUAAACCAGUCAUUUCAAAGUUGGACGUGUGACAUUUGCACCCUUGAGCAACAACACCCUGUGCAUAAAUUACAGGGCCCACAGAGAGCAUCAGAGUUGAAACAGUUGACCUAGAUCUGCUUAUGCCAGGUUGCUUCACCCUGUGUGACUCACAGCUAAAGUGUAAAACAGUAGGGUUAAAAGCUGUUUGGCAAAAAGUUAAAGAUCAAAUUCCAAUGACAAAAUGAAUGCACAUUCAAUAACAGGGCACGUAUCCACAAAGAGUCUCAGAGUAUGAGUGCUGAUCUAGAAUCUUUCUAUUUAAUCUGAUUCAUUAUGAUCUAAAAGGCAAAACUGAUCCUUUGAUUUGUAAACCCACAAUAACAAUGUGAUAUUUAGUCUUGGUUAUACAGUAACGAUGGUCAUGGUCUAGGCCAGUAGUUCCCAAAAAUGAAAAAGGAACUCAGUCUGGCUUUCAACUUACUCCUGAAAGUUGCAAUAAUGCACAAGGUGCAAUUUUGAAAUUGAUAGUGCAUCAGCGGUUUCCAGUGUUCCCUAAUGCUGGAAGGGGAGCCUGAGUGAAAAUGUUUGGGAACCCCUGGUCUAGGCUAGGGUUAGGCCUACUUGAUGAUAGAUCCUUGCAGAGAGAUUUGGUACUAUAAUACUACGUCUAAUAUUAUUAUUGUCUUACUCAUUUCAUCCUCGAUCUAGCUUGAUAGUUUUAGCAGCAGUGUCUUUAAGCAGUGGUGUGUAUUCAUGGAUGCCAAGGGAAGCCAGGUUUUCCCCCAAAAUGUGUUUCAUAAUUUUCAUUCAAUUCGCAAGAGGCUGAAUGUACAGUAUCUCACCGAAAAAGCAUCAGAGCGAGUGAAACAGCUUCCCUCUGUCUCUGAAUGUGUAGCCCAUCUAUCUGAUGCUGUUUGGUCAAAAAGAGUAUGACAUUGUUGAAACCCGCUACGGGUUGAAUGAAUGCAAGGGAAACCUGCAUUUCACCUCCCUCGAUAAAAAAGUAUACAAUAAUAGCCAACUAGCAUUGAGCUAAACUGAGUGAGCUCAACUGUGAAUGGUCCUGGUGCACCAAGGGAAGCCAGUUUGGAUUUGGCUUCACACCAAUCACAUCACAUCAAAAGCUAAAUAUAAUUGACAGAAAACACUUGAAUUGUUGUAUCUCCUUGUGUCGUUGUCCUCCAGUGGCUAGCUAGCUACCUAGAAUCGUCUCUUUCCUAAAUUAGCCAUGAAUGGAGAUAGGGAUUUAGACUAGUGGUUUUACUUAAUUCUCCGUACUGGUCAUUGAUUAUAACGGCGAUUCUGAUCCAACCAUAAAUGUAUACAUUGUGCCCCUGGCCCUUAGAGGAUGGAAGUUCAGUAUGUAGCUAGAUGUUGUAGGCUAAUUUUAACUAGCUGGCUCAUCAUUGCCCAAUAAAGGAAGUUGGGCUAGCGAGCAAGCAUUCAAGACAGGUAGCAUAGGACAACAAAAACUAAAAGCGUGUACUGUAUUACACAGUCAUAGACCGUUUCGUCAACAUGAAAGAGAGGACGAUGGCAGAACCAUGGACAGCCACAGCAUAUUUAGCUUACAUUGAUUGGAUUAAGGUGUUUUUUUUAUAUAUUUUAGUUGUCACUGUAUUAGACUAAGCAUACAGUAGGUUAUUUGAUGAUGUUGAAAUGUUGAAGAUUAAAUGGUUCUGGAAUAGUGGAGGUAGCUCCUGUUUUCUUUGAAAGUCUCAGUAACUCUCAUUGGUUCUAACUCAAUAGUUGUUUAGUAGUCUGAAAAUAUCAGAAACAUUAAUUUGCUUGACCAUGCUGUAGGUCAUGUAACUGUUUGCUACAUGCAAUAUGCUUUGUGGACUUCACCGGACAGAGGUUGCUCACGCACCGUUACUGACUUUCAGUAUUUGUUAAGAUAAUCUCUAGUUCUAGUUUUCUCUUUUUCUAGGCUCUGAAGGCUGGCCAGGUUGAAACUGUUCAAUCAGAUAUAUCCUCACUUCAGAUAAGAAGUUCCUCCUCCAAAAGACUACCUCACAUCACCUGACCUGACGGUGACCAGCUACAAUACAGCCAUGUCUCUGCUGGUCCAUGUUCUGGCCUGCUGCUUCGGACUGGGCUCCUGGGUGGCUGUCAACGGCCUGUGGGUGGAGCUCCCCCUCAUUGUCAACACCCUCCCUGAGGGCUGGGAGCUACCAUCCUACCUGACAGUCAUCAUCCAGCUGGCCAACCUGGGGCCUCUGCUGGUCACUGUCAUGCACAAGCUGUGUCCGGGCCGGCUGAGGGAGAGCGCUGUCAUCUACAGUGUGUUGUCCAUCGGCAUCCUGGCCUGUGUACUGUUGGCGUUCUUCUGGGAUGAGACCACGGUUGUGGCAACGGCACCACGGAGCACAGUCUUCUUUAUUCUAACCCUUUUCCUGGCCUUGGUGGAUUGUACUUCCUCUGUUACCUUCCUGCCCUUCAUGAUGCAGCUGCCAGCCCACUACAUCACCACCUACUUCAUUGGAGAGGGCCUGAGUGGCUUUAUCCCUGGUCUAGUUGCUCUUGGCCAGGGCGUCGGCAUGGCCAAGUGUGUAAAUGGCACUCAGUCCUCUGGUAACCUCACUGAAAAGGACAUGUACAUUGUCCAGACCCAGUAUCUACAGCCCAACUUUUCCCCUGAGGUGUUUUUCUUCUUCUUGGCGGCGAUGAUGUGCAUCAGCCUGCUGGCGUUCUCUGCCCUCAACAGGUUCCCACGCAGCUUUGAACUGUCCACAGAGAACCUAGUUUCAGACACUGACACAGUGGCGUCGGUCUGCUUCGGUCUCGACAACCCUGGAGUGGUAACCGACGAGCAGAACUCUAACCCAAAACCCCACAGUGAGGAAUCAGGUCAGGCUAGGCCACAGCUGGCUAAACCACUCCACUCUGUUUAUCAGUUAGCUUUUAUCUAUUUCAUGGUGGUCUGUGUGAACGGGGCAACCAAUGGCCUGCUGCCCUCGGUGCAGACGUACUCCUGCAUGCCCUACGGUAACCUGGCUUAUCACCUGUCGGCGGCUCUGGCAUCCUGUGCCAACCCAGUGGCCUGUAUAGUCGCCCUGUUCUUUCCUAAAAGGUCACUAGUGUUGCUGGGUGUACUGUGUCUCCUGGGCUCAAUCUUUGGAGGAUACAACAUGGCCAUGGCCGCCAUGAGUCCAUGUCCACUACUACAAGGCUCUGCGCUGGGAGAAACCAUCAUAGUUCUGUCGUGGGUCUUCUUUACGGGGACCCUGUCCUAUGUGAAGGUAAUGGUGGGUGUCAUCCUGAGGGACGAGAGCCACAGCGCCCUGGUGUGGUGUGGAGCAGCGGCACAGACAGGCUCUCUGCUUGGCUCUGCCAUUAUGUUCCCUUUAGUCAAUGUCUGCAACCUGUUCAAGUCAGGAGACUUCUGCAACACUAGGUGCCCUUUAUGAUAAUGACUUAUACCCGAGACACUAACAUACCCACUGGUAAGUAGCCUUAUCCGAGCCAGAACGGCCCAUACGGCAGGAGCUUAUCUCUUGUUUCUGUAGUGAGAGGCAGCUUGAUAUACAAGUACACCCCCUGGACAGGAGUACCUGCUGGUACCUAUACCCACUGGGGUGAUGUGUGAAUAAUGUGGGGGUCAAGGAAAAGACAAUGACAGGACAAUGACGUAUCUGGCCUCAGAUUAGAGAUUGGACUCUAAGGAUGUCUUCAAGGGCACCCGGUGGUGAGAAAAAAAUCUGCCUGGAUCAAUGGAGUAAAGUAUAAGAUUUCAAACUGUUGUUCAGUUAAUAAUUGUAUGUAUUUCUAUGCAGUAUGAUUCACAACCCACACUCAAAGGGUGUUGGAGCAAUUGUUGUAAAUAUCUGCAUUAUUAACCUCAUCUUAUUUCAAAUAUAUGGUUUGAAACCAUUACUUGUUGAAUAAUUGGGAAUUUAAGGAAACAAGCAGAAUCCAGAUUCAUGUUUGGUUUGUAAUUACUAGUUAUAGUGCCAUGAAAAUGUUUAUUAUUGAAUUAACCUUAGAUUUACACUGAGUGUACAAAACAUUAAGAACACCUGCUCUUUCCAUGAGAUAGACUGACCAGGUGAAUCAAGGGGAAAACUUAUUGAUGUCACUUUUAAAUCUAAUUCAAUCAGUCUAGGUGAAGGGGAUGAGACAGGUUAAAGAAGGAAUUUUAAGACAAUUGAGACAUAGAUUGUGUAUGUGUGCCAUUCAGAAGGUCAAUGGCAAGAUAAAAGUGUCUUUGAACAGGGGUAUGGUAGUAAGUACCAGUUACACUGCUGGGUUUUUCAUGCUCAACAGUUUCCUGUGUGUAUCAAGAAUAGUCCACCACCCAAAGGACAUCCAGCCAAGUAUUGGCGUCAACAUGGCCAGCUUCCCCGUGGAACACUUUUGACAUCCAUGUCCCGACAAGUUGAGGCUUUUCU